UAAGGCAUGUCGAGAGUAGCAGUGGCACAAGCACAAACUGCUGCAACUGCCUCUCCUCUGUACAUGGGAUAAUGGCCGCUGUUGUUUAUCAUCUCCAUAGAGACCAUUUCUGACCUCUUUCUUUCUCUCUACGAGUUUCUGAUAUCAAUAAAUAAACAAAUCAACAAUGCAUAUGAUGCAGUUUUACUCGCCUUCUUCUCUCCUUCGCUUCUGCUGUUACUGUGGCUCUGCUGGUCUCGAGACCGCCAGGAAGAAGCAGCUCGUCUUCCUUGGCUCCCCUCCUGUUGCUGCAUCUGUUUUGGAUAAGCUGUUCCAUGCAUCUCGAGCGCCCGAUUCCACUUUCGAGCUUGCAGCAAUUGUUACCCAGCCACCUUCUGCAAGGCACAGAGGGAAAAAGUUAAUGCCCUCCCCUGUUGCACAACAUGCUCUAGACUUGGGCUUCCCUAACAAUCUCAUUUUUACGCCUGAAAGAGCUGGGGAGGAGAAAUUUUUGUCUGAUUUGAGGGCUAUAAAACCUGAACUUUGUGUCACGGCAGCAUAUGGGAACAUUUUGCCCAACAAAUUUCUUGAGAUUCCACAAUGCGGCAUUGUCAAUAUACAUCCUAGUUUGCUGCCCCUCUAUCGUGGAGCUGCACCUGUUCAACGAGCAUUACAAGAUGAUGCCAAAGAAACUGGAGUGUCACUUGUAUAUACAGUUCGGGCCUUGGAUGCUGGACCAAUUAUUGCAUUUGAAAAAUUUCAAGUUGAUGAUUGCAUCAAAGCACCGGAGUUGCUUUCAAUACUUUUUGAUCGAGGAGGCAAACUUUUGAUUCAAGAACUGACUUCCAUUUUUGACGGAUUUGCACGAUUAACUGCAUUGGAACAGGAUGAUUCCAGGGCUACUUUGGCUCCUAAGCUAAGGGUUGAGGAAUCAUGGCUAUCUUUUGAUGAAGACGCUUUGGUUGUGCAUAACAAGGUCCGUGCAUUUGCAGGCUGGCCAGGAACUCGGACCAAAGUCCAAAUUGUUCAUGAUAAUGAACCGCCUCAAAUUCUAGAGCUGAAGAUUAUUACCACUAAAGUUUACAAUAACCAAUUCCAGGGUGGUGGAAACGUCACAUUUGAAGGAGGUGUCUUGAUAUUUCCAUGUGCUCAUGGAUCUGCAUUGGAGACAAAAAUACCCUUCCCGUACCAAAAAAAAAUCAAUUAGCGCUGACUAUUGGACCCAAGUAACACAUUGCCAGAGCACGAUAUGCAACUGUUGGAGUGCACUGUCUAGAACAUAUACUGUCGGAGCGCCUCCGGAUACAACCAGAGUGUUGUGAUUCUAAGACAAGUAUCGCUGAAGCGCCCUAUUCAAUUGCCGAAGCGCCUCGUCUCCAAAACAAGCAUUGUCGGAGUGCGUUUUGCAAAUGCUGAAGGACUGUCGUCUCUAGAACAUGCAUAGUCGGAGCUCAUGUGUCUCGAGUGCCCGAGCACUGUCUCAAGUGCCAGAGUGCCCUAUGCAACAGCCGGAGCGUUGUAGCUCCAGAGCAUGUAUUACUGGAGCGCCCUUUGAGACUGUCGGAGCGCAUUGUCUCCAGAAUGUGUACUGCUAAAGCGCCUUCUGCUACUGUCGGAGCGCUGUGUCUUCAGCGUCGGAGUGCCCUAUGCAAUUACUGGAGCGCUGUGGCUCCAGAGCAUGUAUUGCCAAAGUGCCCUUUGGGACUGCCAGAGCGCAUUCUCUCCAGAAUGUGUACUGCCGGAGCGUUGUGUCUUCAGUGCCGAAGCGCCCUAUGCAAUUGUCGAAACGUUGUGGUUCCAGAGCAUGUAUUCCCGGAGCACCCUUUGGGACUGCAUGAGCACAUUGUCUCUAGAACGUUGACUAUCGGAGCGCCUUCUGCUACUGCCGGAGCGCUUCAUCUUCAGUGCCGGAGCGGCCUAUGCAACUGUCGGAGCGCUGUGGCUUCAGAGCAUGUAUUGUCGAAGUGCCAUUUGAGACUGCCAGAGCGCAUUGUCUUUAGAAUGUUGACUUCCGGAGCGCUUCGUCUUUAGUGCCGGAGCACCCUAUGCGAUUGCCGGAGCGCUGUGGCUCCAAAGCGUGUAUUGUCGGAGUGCCCUUUGACGCUGCCAGAGCGCAUUGUUUCCUAAACGUGUACUGCCAAAGCGCUGUCCCUCAACUUCCGUUUUUUUUUUUUGUCUUUUUGCCUUUGGUGGUGUUAUAUGUUAGCUAAUAAUAGGGAGAACUGGAGUUACGUGUUUUUUUUAGGUGGUGGUGACACUGUUUUUAACUGGCAGAUGGAUUUGAUUGCUAAAUCCUUCUCCUUAAGCCUGGUCAUUUAUUGGAAUUUUUGCGAA